AUGUAUGACGAUGAUGACUUUUCCCAGCUGGAGGGGGGGAACCGGGUAAUGAAGUUCAAGAAGUAUGACAGCUGCAAGCUCUUAGCGAGAGGAGGUAUGGGGGCAGCUUUCUGUGUGGCGCCCUUAAAGAGGACAGCUGGCUCAAUCAUUGAUGUUGUGUUUAGUUUCAAAGAUUCGUACACAGCGGAGAUGGAGCUACUGGAAGGGGACUUGCAUGGGGCGAUUCACGCAGCUCGUGGAGUGGAACCAGCAUUUGCAGGAAGAAUUCUUGCGAACUUGGUUUCUGGCUUACGAUACCUGCAUGACAGCCACGACAUGGUCCACCUUGACAUAAAGCCGGCCAACGUUUUCCUCACCGCUGGCGUUGCCAAACUAGGUGACUUUGGCUUGUGCUGCUCCAAGGCCCAAGCUGCAGCUUUAUUAGGCCCAUGUGGAACUCCGGAGUACUUGCCGGGUGAUGUUUGGCAUGAAGAAGUCCGCUGUUCAGAACGAAAUGAUAUUUGGGGAGCUGGUUGCAUGCUGUUUGAGAUGCUAGAAGGAAAGAUGGCUUUUGACAACCCGCCAUUACCUGGGCAGGAACUCCCACACUGCACAGCAAAAGGGUGGAAUUCAUAUGGUGGAACUCUGAGUAAUGUCUGGAGACAAUUGAUGUCCACACCAACAGCCAAGCAGUCGUUGAGCAUUGUUGGUAACUUGGAUUCUUAUUUUGACAUGGAGAAUUACACCCCGACUACUGGCUCCCAAAUUGAGCGGAUGGCUAAGAAGAGGGGGCUUGUGAAUAGUGACAUCAAAAGGCAAGCCAACCUGCAAAGGAAGAAACGGCGGAGGGAGGCCAAGAAAAGGCGGAGGGUGCCCGGGCCAGUUGACGUUAAAGAAGACAAUUUGGAUCUCCACGACGACGACGGUGACGAUGCUGAUGAUGGAGGUGAUCGACAACGUGAUGACACCGAUGAGCCAAGACGCCACUGCGAGACUACGAUGAAGAAUUCCUUGCAGGAAAAUUGGAUGAAUGACAUGACCAAAUUUAUUUGGAACCAGCUGUCAAUUUCAUGUCAACUCUCAUUCUCAUUUGAAGUUUUAAUUUGUGGUCAUCGCCGGUCGCCUAACUACUUUACUAAUCAUUUCAAAGCUUAA